AACACCAAACCAUGUUGAUGAAGGAGUACAGAAUCUGCAUGCCUCUCACUGUGGAGGAGUAUAGGAUUGGGCAGUUGUACAUGAUCACCAAGCACAGUCAUGAGCAGAGUGAGGGAGGGGACGGGGUGGAGGUCGUUCGAAAUGAGCUUGACACACACCCCAAAUAUGGACCAGGCCAAGUCACAGAGAAGCGCAUUUACCUCACCAGUAAAUUACCUUCCUGGAUGAAGAAAUUUGUCCCCAUGAUCUUCUAUGUAACAGAAAAGGCCUGGAAUUUCUACCCAUACACCAUCACAGAGUACUCAUGUUCCUUCGUUCCAAAGCUGCAGGUCAAAAUUGAGACGCACUUCGCGAAUGACAAUGGCAGCAAUGACAAUGUGUUUGAGGACAAACCUACCCCCAAAGAGAGCGUCUGCUUCCUGGACAUCCUGACCGAUCCCAUUCCUGACAAGCAUUACAAAAAAGAUGAGGACCUGAGCUCCUGGGUGUCGAACAGCACGGGCCGUGGCCCCCUGGUGGACGGCUGGAGGAACAACACUAAGCCUGUCAUGUGCUCCUACAAGAGAGUGCAGUGCAGUUUCGAGGUGUACGGCUUUCAGGGCCGAACAGAAGAGUUCAUCCACAAGAACAUCCGUGACAUCCUGCUGGUGGGACACAGACAGGCAGUGGCCUGGACGGACGAAUGGCACGGGAUGAACCUGGAGGAGGUGAGAGAAUUUGAGAGACACCUGCAGCAGGAGACAAAUGAGAAGAUGAAGAGAGACAUAAACAAGAAAGAAAGCGGUUCAGUUCCUCGUCCUGCAUUUUCCCGCUCAGUCUCGGUCACGGAUGAGUCGUCACUGAGGAAGAUGGGGGUCAAGACUCUGGCGAUCCCAGAACCUCUAUCAAGUUCCCCUCAGCUGGAGACCCCUGACAGACUCUGUUCAUCAUGAGACUAGAUCACAGCUUUGCUUAUUGAUUUAGCACCUGCAGUCCAAUAUGUUGUCAGAACUUGUUACCUUCAGAAAUGACUAAACGUCAGUUUCAUAAGAUUUUCAUAACUGCCAUUAUGUACAAAUGAUAUAGAAAUAUAAGCUAUGCACACAAUUUUGAUGAGAAGAUGCAAAAUCCAGGCACUUGACUGUUCUCAA